AUGACUCCUAACGGAACGCCCACCCCCACCCCAAUUGUAAUGUCAUGUGUAUUGUUGGACGUUGGUGCAGUGAUGGACGAGUUCGAUGAAUUGGAUAUCGAUUCUGGCGGUACAAGAUUUGCGAGGGCAGCGCGCCCGGCGAGAAUUUGGGCAUCGGCCAGCUGGAAGCUGUCCGUGUCGUCCCGGCAGACCGUGUCACCUCCACUGACGACAGGUGUGCCGCAGCAAUACCUAGUUGUGCCAUUGACGGUGCUCAGGUUAACUAUUGCGCAGCCUCCACUGCUGUUUACAGUCCCUGAUUUAAGAAAAAGACUUAGUGACGACCGCCGAGAGGGUUUGACUUACGGCAACGACCCGGGCAUCCGUUUCCCCAUUUUUGGGCUGUACAACCCCCACGUGCCAAUGUAA